AUGCCUGAACUCGCGCGCACGCUUCCAGCUUCCUGGUACUGCAGCCAGCCGCUUUAUCAGCUUGAAAGGCGGGCGGUCUUCCUGAAGUCGUGGUAUCUCCUUGGCCCUUUGACAAGGUUCCAGAAUGUCGGCGAAGUUGAGAAGACUCUUCGAUAUCAUGUCACGCCCACCGGCCUUGUCUUCACCACUGUGUCAGAUCAAGCCCCGAGCUUCCACGAAUAUUUCCCAGAGCUAGAGCCGUUACUCCAGCGAGUCGAUUUUACAAAGCUUCCCUACAAGCGGAGCAUCAAAUAUGAGGGGCGUUUCAACUGGAAAACAAUGCAAGGCCCCGUAUCAACUUGCUUGCACUGCCAAUACACUCACCCCUCUUUCUCCAUAUACUACCCGCCGACCUGGUACGAAGUGCACAACCACAUCAACUUCUCGCAGCAUAUUGCGGACCCUAAGAAGCCGGACGAUGGGCUGUUCUUGUACUUCUUCCCUAAUUGUACAUUGAACGUUUACGGGGGAGGAAUGUCUUCGUUCCGCGUCUGUCCAACGGAUGACCCUGGGGUGACGAGAAUGGAAUUCGACUACUACCAUAUGGAGUCCGGCGAGAAAUUCGAAGAGUACUACCGCUUUGUUCGCCAGGUCGCGACGGAAGACUAUGAGCUUUGCGAGAAGGCGCAGGCAAAUCUGAACAAGGGCGUUUACCGCGAGGGGAUACUGAAUCCGGAAAAGGAGAAUGGCGUUUCUUGUGAGUCAAGCUCUCUAGUCGGCGAGAGGACCAAACUGACAACGUUUAGUUUACCAGGACUGCUUGUUCGAGCUCGUUUGCCAACAAUAUGCAGCGGAGGUAGCGAAGCUAGAGGACAGUGA